AUGGAAUGGAGGUGUCGACGGAGAUUACGGAGGGAAGCAACGACUGGACUCGAUUCUGCUACUGUGAACUCGAUGCUUCUGAUGUCAGGGCACAGAGGCGAGAAAGUUGAACUAGAGGCAAGCGUCGUGGAGAGGCGAGAAGGCAAGCACAAGGGAGGAAUUGGUGGCGCUGGUGGCAGACAGAGACGUCUGGAGAAUAAGUUUGAUUUGUGUUACAGGAGUAGCGGAAGGAUUGGUUUGAUUGUUUGGAAGGCGAGACAGAUGCCAGGUGAAAUUGUUUCUGAUUUGUUAUCAUCUUGUGGUGAAUGUGCUAAGGAGUUUGAGAUUAUAGACAUUGCCUCGGGGUUCCUCGCCAAUGAAAAUAUAGUCUCUUGUGGAACUAAUACGUCAGAUGGGAAUAAUAUUUUGAGAAUUGUUUGUUUCAUAAUUGGAGAUGAGAAAAUAUCAUGUGAAGGGCAGAAAAUUGCAUGCCUUUCGGUUCCAUUUCAUGCCAUGCUUAAUGGCUGUUUCAUGGAAUCAUUUUGUGAGGACAUUGAUCUGUCUGAAAAUAGCAUUUCCCCUUCAGGGAUGAGAGUGAUCAGUGAUUUCAGCAUAACAGGUAGUUUGAAUGAGGUUCAACCCAAUCUUUUGCUAGAAAUAUUGGUAUUUGCCAACAGAUUUUGCUGCGAAAGCCUUAAGGAUGCUUGUGAUAGGAAACUUGCCUCUUUGGUUUCCUCUAGACAAGAUGUCCAACUCAUGGAAUGUUCUUGUUUGUUUUCUUUGCUUAUUACAAGCUUAAAAUUUGAGGAGGUUACGGAUGCAUAUGGUUGGCAUCAAGAUGUGCAGCUAAUUUCUAUCUUUGACUUGAGUUCUAGUGAACUCUUAGGUUACUUUUAUCUUGACAUAUAUGCCAGGGAAGGAAAAUAUGGGCACAGCUGUGUUGUGGCUCUUCAAAAUGGUUCAUUGAUACAAAAUGCUAGACAGAUUCCAGUAGCAUUACUCAUUUCACAAUUGCAAAAGGAAGUUGAUGGUCGUCCUGGGUUGUUGCGAUCGUAUGAUGUCUUUUAUUUUUGGUUAACUCGCCAAUCGUAUGAUGUCUUUUAG